GCCUGUCCGCCGGGAGCUCCGCGGGGCAGCGCUCGUGCACACCCGCCUGCCCGCCGCCCGCGGCUCGCGCCUGGGAGCGUCGCGGGAUCUCUGUAGCUGCCUGCAUCCUUUUGUGCGGCGCUCCGGCUGCGCCGCGGGGCCGCGGGACGGAAUGCGGGCGCUGCGGGGGUUUUUCUCUUCUGCCCAAACACUUGAAACGGUGGACUGAAAGGGGACCAUGGAGUGAAGGGGCAAGCGGGGAAGCGAACUACAAGGGAGAAUUAUGACUUCUGCUGCGGAAAUUAAGAAGCCACCAGUGGCUCCCAAGCCAAAGAUUGUGAUGGCAAAUAAUAAGCCAGUUCCACCUCCUGUUGCACCUAAACCUGAUAUCGUCAUUUCUAGUGUUUCACAGUCAACAAAGAAAAUCAAGCCAGCAAUAGCCCCCAAACCAAAAGUUCUGAGGAGUUCACCUGUUCAAGACAUCAGGCAAUCACCAUCAAGGGAAAACAUGGUGAACCUGGAAGAACAUAAACAGGAAUUUCCUGAAAGUAAUGAUAACUUUAAUUGCAGAAAUGUAGGGGACCAGAGCAGUGAUUAUAUUUUACCAAUGUGUUCCUGCAGUUUUGAGUGUAUCCAUAAGCUUGGGAAUAGAGGGAAUUCAUGUGUAAAGCAGCUCAUUUUAGACCCCUUAGAAAUGCAUGAAAAAUUAGAAAAUGGUAAAAUUGGUGAGUCCUCCUCAAAUAUAAAAACUAGGAAUAAAUAUGAUUCUCAUGCUGUAAAGGCAAAGAGCCAGAGUGAAGUAGUUUUAAAGGCAAGCAUCUUAGAAGAGAAGCUCAAAGAUGUUUUAACACAACAAACGUUACAUUUUAGUUCACCACAGAAGCACAGAUCCACAGACAACCCCGAAAUGAAUGGUGGCUGUAAUUCCAAAAAGCAAUUCAGGAUUGAAUUUGUGGAUUUGCCAUCAUCCCUGUCCAGCUUUGAGAAAGUUCCUGAUCAUCACUACCACCUACAAUCUCCUAGUGAUGAAUUUCUAAAUUUUGGAACUUGCCAGGAUGGCAGUGAAAAAAGCAGUAGUUGCCUUCAUUCAUCUGAAGAAGCUCUGGAGAAUGAUAAAAAGAGUACUUUUAUAGCUUCAGAUGGAGUUAGUAAGAAAUCAGAAGUUGAAGACCUUGGUCCCUUAGAAAUUCACUUAGUACCAUAUACCAAAAAAUUCCCAGUUCCCAAGCCCAGAAAGACAUGCAGUACUCGUCUGUUUCACCAAAAAUGUAUAGAUACUCCUAGUGAAAGUACUGAAGAACCAGAGAAUUCGUUUAGUAGCUCUUCUUGCCUUGUUGAAGACAACUUGAAAAAUAAUAAAAUAAAUGUUGUUUAUCAGAAUGUUUUGUGUAACCAGGAACAGGUAGACAAAGUGAAACAAGGAAAUAAAAGUGAAUUGAAUCUGGACGUCAACAGUGACAGAGAAGACUUAGUCAAUUCACAGAAAAUGUACCAUGAACCUUUAUCCUUUGAAAAAAUGACUCCUCCCUUAGGUACUGACUCUAGUUUGAAUUCUAACAGCAAGACAGUAGAUGACUCUAGUAUGUCACUUGCUAUGGAUAAAGGGACCAGUUUUAUAAGAUGCAGUACUCUGUCUAUGAGCCUACCUAAGCAGCUGAAAUUAACUUGCAGUGAACAUUUGCCUACUGCUUAUAACUUGGGAGUGUCUGCCGCUCAAAUGCAAAAGGAAUCUACAAUAAAAGAUGAAAGUUCCUCAAAAAUUGUCCCCCAAAAACCUCAAAGACACAGCUUACCUGCUUCAGGAGUACUUAAAAAGGCUGCCUCAGAGGAACUUGUGGAGAAAAGUUCUUAUCCCUCAAGUGAAGAAAAGAUUUCAGAGAAAGGUCUAAAAAGAAAUCACCUUCAGCAUGUGUGUGCCAAAAACCAUGGUUUGUCAUCUUCCUUUGAUAUCCCUAAACGGGCUUCAGAAAAGCCUGUAUGGAAAUUACCUCAUCCUAUUUUACCCUUUUUAGGAAACCCAGAAUCCUUAAAAUCUGUCACCAUAUCCUCAAAUAAUGAGACCUCAAAUGCUCUAACCAAACCUAGAGCAAAAUCAUUAUCUGCUAUGGAUGUGGAAGGGAGCACUAAGCCUUGCAAAGAUUCUCAAAAGAAAAACUCUUUGAAGAAGUUGCUCAACAUGAAACUGUCCAUCUGUUUCGUGAAGAGUGACUUUCAGAAAUUCUGGUCCAGGAAUAGCCAACUCAGAGACAUGACCACAGGCAGCCUUUCCGGUAGUGAGCGGAAAGAGAUUGAAAGUGAAUGGCAUGGCUUAUUAGCAGGAGAAGAGAAGAGAAGUAAACCCAUCAAAGCCUAUUCUGCAGAUAAUUGCAGCUUGGAAUCCCAAAAAAGGAGGAAGAAGCCUCGGGGCCAGAGCAGCACAGCUAGUAGUCCCAGAGCUGAGUCUCUGGAUGACGAAAUGCUCUCCAGGGAAUCAUCAUCUCAGGACUCUUGCAAACCUGUUACGAGUGGCUUUGUACCAGAGUAUGAAAAUAUAUGCCAUUAUGAGGAAAUACCAGAGUAUGAGAACCUGCCAUUUAUUAUGGCUGUAGGGAAAACUCCAGAGUUUGACUGGCAGAAUUCCAGCAGCAUGGAGGACACGGAUGCAAAUGUGUAUGAGGUAGAAGAACCAUAUGAAGCUCCUGAUAGCCAGCUGCAAAUUGGACCCAUACAUCAACAUUCCAGAAGUUCCAGAGCAUCCCAGGAGGGACACCACGAGCUGGACCUUGGUCUGGGUGACCUUCCCUCGGAUGAGGAGGAAGUCAUCAACAGUUCUGAUGAAGACGAUGUCAGCUCUGAUUCUAGUAAAGGAGAGCCUGACCCGCUAGAAGAUAAACAGGAUGAAGAUACUGGAAUGAAAAGUAAAGUCCAUCAUAUUGCCAGGGAGAUCAUGAGUUCAGAGAAAGUGUUUGUGGAUGUGUUAAAACUUUUGCAUAUUGAUUUCCGGAAUGCAGUAGCACAUGCUUCCAGGCAACUUGGAAAACCAGUGAUUGAGGACCGGAUCCUAAAUCAGAUCCUGUAUUACUUGCCUCAGCUGUAUGAACUCAACCGGGAUCUCCUGAAGGAACUGGAAGAAAGAAUGUUGAACUGGACUGAACAACAAAGAAUUGCUGAUAUCUUUUUAAAGAAGGGACCGUAUCUAAAAAUGUAUUCCACAUAUAUCAAAGAAUUUGAUAAGAAUAUAGCUUUGCUGGAUGAGCAAUGCAAGAAAAACCCAGGUUUCGCUACUGUUGUUAGAGAAUUUGAGAUGAGCCCACGCUGUGCUAACCUGGCUCUCAAGCACUACCUCCUCAAGCCGGUUCAGAGGAUCCCUCAGUACAGGCUGCUGCUGACAGAUUAUUUGAAGAAUCUCUUAGAAGACUCUGGAGAUUAUAGAGACACUCAAGAUGCCCUUGCUGUUGUUAUAGAGGUAGCCAACCAUGCCAAUGACACCAUGAAACAAGGAGACAACUUCCAGAAACUUAUGCAAAUUCAGUACAGCUUAAAUGGACACCAUGAAAUAGUGCAGCCUGGACGGGUCUUUCUGAAAGAAGGAACUCUGAUGAAGCUUUCCCGGAAAGUCAUGCAGCCCCGAAUGUUUUUCUUGUUUAAUGAUGCCCUGUUGUAUACAACACCAGUGCAGUCUGGGAUGUAUAAACUAAACAACAUGCUCUCAUUGGCUGGAAUGAAGGUCAGAAAACCCACCCAAGAAGCAUAUCAGAAUGAAAUAAAGAUUGAAAGUGUAGAACGUUCCUUCAUCCUCUCAGCCAGUUCUGCCACAGAAAGGGAUGAAUGGCUAGAAGCAAUUUCCAGGUCAAUAGAGGAAUAUGCAAAGAAAAGAAUCACAUUCUGUCCUAGUAGGAGUCUUGAUGAGGCAGACUCAGAAAAAAAAGAGGAAGUCAGUCCCCUUGGAUCAAAGGCACCCAUCUGGAUUCCUGACACCAGAGCCACAAUGUGCAUGAUCUGCACAAGUGAAUUUACGCUGACCUGGAGACGACACCAUUGCCGGGCCUGUGGAAAGAUUGUAUGUCAAGCUUGUUCAUCAAAUAAGUAUGGCUUAGAUUAUCUGAAAAAUCAACCAGCAAGAGUAUGUGAACAUUGCUUCCAAGAACUUCAAAAAUUAGAUCACCAGUACUCCCCUAAGAUUGGCUCUCCCGGAAAUCAUAAAUCUCCUUCAAGUGCCUUAUCAUCAGUCUUACAUAGUAUUCCAUCAGGGAGGAAACAGAAGAAAAUCCCAGCUGCUCUCAAAGAGGUGUCUGCAAACACAGAGGAUUCUUCUAUGAGUGGCUACUUGUACAGAUCAAAGGGCAAUAAAAAACCUUGGAAACAUUUGUGGUUUGUCAUAAAAAAUAAAGUACUAUAUACAUAUGCUGCAAGUGAGGACGUGGCAGCUUUGGAGAGUCAACCUUUAUUAGGAUUCACUGUCACUCAAGUCCAAGAUGACAAUUCAGAGUCUAAAGUAUUUCAAUUAGUGCACAAAAACAUGUUAUUUUAUGUGUUCAAAGCAGAUGAUGCUCACUCAGCUCAGAAGUGGAUGGAAGCAUUUCAGGAAGGCACAAUAUUGUAGCAGAUUGGUUUCGUCUCUUCUGUGAUUCCAAAGGGGUGGAAUUUCAUCAGAAUGGAGUAAAAGCAGUACAAAACAUUUAUAAAAAUGAAACGUUGCCAAGAUAAAUCCAGCCAAACUGCCCAUCAGAUAUAAGAAAUUAUUUUGUUAGGUAUAAGCUAAUUUUUUUAAAUGUUCUUUUUUUUUUUAUGUUAUUUAUUAAAAUUUUGAUGUGUACUUAAUGGUCAGAAUUAUUUCUGAGACUCACACUGAAUUCUAAAGUACCUUUUCUUUAGAGAACAGAAAAUGUAUCUUAAUACUGUAUACUGUUUGUGACAUAGUCUACACUGUUUUCUUUACCUUACAUUGUACUAUUCUCCCUAGUGGUAAGUCUUUGUAAGUAAAAUCCCACAUAUCAAGAAGCAUAUCUCCAUGCGGUGCUUAUCAUUAUACAACUGCUGAUGAAAAAAAUGCAUGUCUUUGAAACAGUAUAAUAAACUUAGAUGGGUUUUUCUUUUAAUGGAAAAACACAUGUCCAACUUCUACCUCAGUGACUGAAAUGAAAUUCCAGUAAAUUAUCUGAAGUAUGUCUAUUGUUAUAUACCUCUUGGCUAUAACUAAUGUUUCAUCACCAAAAGAAUUAUAGCAAAGGUAUAGAAACUGAUUUUUUUUAAAACUGAACUAUGGGUAGGAAUGACGAUUUUCAUUGCAGAGGAACAAAAAUCAAUUUUAUGGGCUUUUCUUUAAGUCUAAUCUUUUUAAAAAGCUAUCAGUUCAACACAAAUUAUUUUUUUUAAAUAAAAGCAAAAUAUGGCAAACAUAAUGUCCCUUGCUAUUGUAAAUUUCUGAGCCCAGCUCAAUGGUGGUAUUUGUACCUAAAAAGAAUGUUAAAUUUCCUAUAAUAUUGUGCUUAAAAAAAUGCACUGGAAUUACUGUAUCAGAAAAGCACAAAUUCUACAAAGAUAUUAACUGAAAUUGUAUAGUAUUCAUUUUUUAAAGAUAUUUUACACCACUUUGUGAUAUGUCCUCCCUGAUAAUGAAAAAAAAAGAUGCUUUAUUCCUGUAACUGUCAGUGCACCUCAGUAGGAAAGAUUUAUAUUUCAUAAUUCUUGUGCAGUUAUUGUUUAACAUAGAAACCACCUUGUAUGGAAAACUGUUGAUUAGCAGAAAAAGAAUUAAAUUAACACUACGAUUAAAGUCACUCCUGAUACUUA